AUGUCCAACUUGAACCAGCUUUAUCUCCUUGCCGACCACAUUAAGCUCUCUCUCCUCGAGCGCCAGCGCGCCCAGUCGCUCAACCUUGAUGCCGACACUCAGGACGGCCACAUCUCCCGCUCCUUGGACCAGUUCAAAGAUGGCCUAGAAUUUCUAGACUCCGAGGCCAAGCGCCUCCAGGCUGCUAGCGAUGAGAGCGCCGCGCAGAACAUCACCGACUCGCUUCCCGCCCUUCAAAAGCAAUUCUCUGAUCUCACCUCCCAGUUCCAUGGCUUCUCGAACCCGUCCACCUCGUCGAUCACGACCUCGCCCAACGACCCUUUGCUCUCCCCCGACUUCGCCGCCGCCCAGUCCACGAAACCCCUCAAGGGCUCACUCCGCGGCCUCCCUGGCUCCGCCCCGAACAAGACUGUCCGAUUCACCGACUCCCCCGGUGGCAGCCGCGGCGCAGAAGACCUUGAGGCUGCUGCCCUCUUCGGCGAGGGCCGGUACCGCGACGAUCCGGUCGAUACGGCGGGAUACCGCGACCAGGCCGAGGGGCUUGACAACCAGCAGCUGCACGCGUACCACUCGCAGAUCAUGCGCGACCAGGACGACCACCUUGACCGGCUGGGCGAGUCCAUCGGCCGCCAGAGGGAGCUGAGCAUGCAAAUCGGCGACGAGCUCGACUCGCACGUCGCGAUGCUCGACGAGGUCGAUGAGGUCGUCGACAGGCAUCAGGGCCGACUCGAUCGGGCGCGGAGAUCGCUUGGGAAGGUCGCGCGAGACGCAGGGGAGAGCAAGCAGAUGAUCGCCAUCAUUGUGCUCAUCAUUAUCCUCGUCCUUCUCAUUGCCAUCUUGAAGUGA